AUUGCGGCUAUUGUUAGUUUUAUUAAUAUAAUGACAACAAUUUAUGUAAGUACUAAUGGAUUAAAUCCAAGAUCCAUAACAUUUUUUGAACAGAUUCCCAAAGGAGCAGAUUUAACUAGCAUUAUGAAUCAGUGUAGAGAAUUAAUUAUGAUUGAAGAUAUUUUCGAAAUGGAGAAUGAGUUGAACAAAAUGGCAUAUUAUUUAAAAUAUCUAAAAAGAAGGCUAGCGGAGGUUGCGGAAAUGAAUAAUGCGGAUUUUGAAAAUAAGAGUGAAUAUUUGAAAGCGUUAGAGAAAUCUUAUCAUUGGAAUGCAGUGUUUGAAUACGAUAUUAAUGCUACAAGUAGUUAUAACAAUACUAAUGAUGGCAUUAAAACCAGUACUAAUAAUAGUACUAAUAUCACAAAUAGUCACACCAAUACCAAGAAUAGUUUCACUAAACGCAAGAAUCCUGAACUAAGAAAAUAUUAUUACGAAAUGUAUGGUAAAGAAGAAUUGAUGGAUCUUCUUAACGAAUUAAAGGAAGAAAUGAGACGAGAAGAAUCGAAGACCAAAAGAAUUAAUGAUUUAAUCCAUUA